CCAUCGAAGGGAGAUUUCUAGGGAGCAGAGUGGAGGGGGGGGUUACCGGUGUUUUUUUUUCCAGAUAAAGGCUUUUUUUGAAAAAGGAGGGGGGAACGGCGACGCGGCUGUCUCUCCCCAAAGGCGACCACGAAGAAAAGUGGGCCUCCCCCCUCCCAAAGAGGGAGAGUUGCAAGGAGAAGGAGGCCGGGGGGCGCAGUUCACGGAUUCCGUGGCAGCGCGGAGGCCACGGCCGAACAUUCUCCAUGAGGAGGGGUAGAAGAUGCCGGCUUUGCCCGCGCUGCUGCUGCUGCUGAUUCUCGGCUUCGCCCACAAGAGCCUUGAGGUGCUGUCAUCUCUGCGCAUGGCCGCCAUUUUGGAUGACCAGACGGUGUGUGGCCGGGGAGAGCGACUGGCCUUAGCUUUAGCCCGUGAGCACAUCAACAGCAUCAUCGAAGUGCCCGCCAAAGCCCGCGUGGAGGUGGAGAUCUUUGAAUUGCAGCGGGACAGCCAGUACGAGACCACAGACACCAUGUGUCAGAUCCUGCCCAAAGGUGUGGUUUCGGUCCUGGGCCCGGCAUCCAGCCCAGCUUCUGCUUCUAUUGUCAGCCACAUCUGCGGGGAGAAAGAGAUCCCCCACGUUAAGGUGGGCCCCGAGGAGACCCCCAAGCUGCAAUAUUUGCGCUUUGCUUCCGUCAGCCUGUACCCCAGCAACGAGGACGUCAGCCUGGCCGUUUCCCGCAUCCUCAAGUCCUUCAACUACCCCUCGGCUAGCCUCAUCUGCGCAAAGGCUGAAUGCCUGCUGCGAUUGGAGGAGCUAGUGCGUCAGUUUCUCAUCUCCAAGGAGACGCUGUCGAUCCGGAUGCUAGACGACACCAACGAUCCAACGCCGCUGCUCAAGGAGAUCCGAGAUGACAAGAUCUCAACCAUCAUCAUUGAUGCCAAUGCUUCCAUCUCUUAUCUCAUCCUCAAGAAGGCUUCAGAGCUGGGGAUGACAACUGCCUUCUACAAGUACAUCCUGACUACCAUGGAUUUCCCAAUCUUGCACCUGGAUGAAAUUGUAGAUGACCACUCCAACGUCCUGGGCUUCUCCAUGUUUAACACCAGCCACCCUUUCUACAUGGAGUUCGUCCGCAGCCUUAACAUGUCGUGGCGGGAGAACUGUGAACUCAGCCCUUACCCGGGGCCUGCGCUGUCAGCAGCAUUGAUGUUUGAUGCGGUGCAUGUGGUGGUGAGUGCUGUGCGGGAGCUGAACCGCAGCCAGGAGAUUGGGGUCAAGCCGCUGGCCUGCACUUCAUCUAACAUCUGGCAGCAUGGAACCAGCCUCAUGAACUACUUGCGCAUGGUAGAGUAUGAUGGGCUGACUGGGCGCGUGGAGUUCAACAGCAAGGGUCAGAGAACCAAUUAUACCUUGCGAAUCCUGGAGAAAGCCCGCCACGGACACCGGGAGAUCGGGGUGUGGUACUCCAACAGGACUCUUGCCAUGAAUGCCACGACCCUGGACAUCAAUGUCUCGGAGAGCCUUGCCAACAAGAAUCUGACAGUCACCACCAUCUUAGAGAACCCCUAUGUGAUGCGCCGUGCAAACUUCCAGGAACUGUCUGGCACAGAACAGUAUGAGGGCUUCUGUGUGGACAUGCUCCAUGAACUCGCAGAUAUCCUUAAAUUCCGCUUCCAGAUCAAACUGGUGGAUGAUGGCCUCUAUGGGGCGCCUGAGCCCAAUGGAUCUUGGACCGGCAUGGUGGGAGAGCUCAUUAAUAGGAAAGCCGAUCUGGCGGUGGCCGCUUUCACCAUCACAGCUGAGCGGGAGAAGGUCAUCGACUUCUCCAAGCCCUUCAUGACCCUGGGGAUCAGCAUCCUGUAUCGCGUACACAUGGGACGCAAACCAGGGUAUUUCUCCUUCCUGGACCCUUUCUCCCCAGCCGUUUGGCUUUUCAUGCUGCUGGCCUAUCUUGCAGUCAGCUGUGUCCUCUUCCUAGCUGCCCGGCUGAGCCCCUAUGAAUGGUACAACCCUCAUCCCUGUCUCCGGGAGCGGCACAACAUACUGGAAAACCAGUACACGCUUGGCAACAGCCUCUGGUUCCCUGUUGGGGGCUUCAUGCAACAGGGGUCGGAGAUCAUGCCUCGGGCCCUCUCUACCCGCUGCGUCAGUGGAGUCUGGUGGGCGUUCACUCUGAUCAUCAUCUCCUCCUACACGGCCAACCUUGCUGCCUUCCUCACCGUGCAGAGGAUGGAGGUGCCCAUCGAAUCAGCAGAUGACCUGGCAGAUCAAACCAACAUUGAAUAUGGGACUAUCCACGCUGGCUCCACAAUGACCUUCUUCCAAAAUUCUCGGUACCAGACAUAUCAGCGGAUGUGGAAUUACAUGCAUUCAAAGCAACCUAGUGUCUUUGUAAAGAGCACAGAAGAGGGGAUUGCCCGGGUGCUGAAUUCGAAAUAUGCCUUCCUGCUUGAGAGCACGAUGAAUGAAUAUCACCGGAGGCUCAACUGCAACCUCACACAGAUUGGGGGGCUGCUGGAUACCAAGGGCUAUGGCAUCGGCAUGCCUCUAGGCUCCCCGUUCCGGGAUGAGAUCACCCUCGCCAUCCUGCAGCUUCAGGAAAACAACCGUCUGGAGAUCUUGAAACGCAAAUGGUGGGAGGGAAGCAAGUGCCCUAAAGAAGAGGAUCACCGGGCCAAAGGGCUGGGCAUGGAGAACAUUGGAGGCAUCUUUGUGGUGCUGAUUUGUGGGCUCAUCAUUGCAGUCUUCGUUGCUAUCAUGGAGUUUGUAUGGGCCACGCGCCACUCUGCUGAACACGAAGAGAUCUCGGUGUGCCAGGAGAUGCUGCGGGAGCUGCGCCAUGCUGUUUCUUGCCGCAAGCCAACCCGGUCCCGCCGCCGCCGCCGCCACUACACCACCCGAGGAGCGCUGUCGCUGCGCUCUGUCCGUGAGAUGCGCCUCAGCAAUGGCAAGCUCUAUUCGGGGACUCUUGUGUCGGAGCCGGGCCCUCAGCGCCUCUUGGAAGAGCCCCCCCGGCCUUGCACCCACGUCCGCAUCUGCCAUGAGUGCCGGCGCAUCCAGACUCUUCGGGGAGCCCCCCCACCUCCUCGGGGGGCCCCGCCCUCUAAGGAGGGCACUCCACACCGGGGAACCCCCCGCGAACAAAGCGGGCAGGAGUGACACCCCCUCACUUGCUUGUUGCUCCUUCCCUACCUUGGCCCGGCCUUCGCUCCCUUGCGGAGGCGCCUGCUGUUAGACAUGUACGCUGUGCGUAUGCCCUGACUUGGGAACCCAGGCCUGAGGGGACCCCCCUCCCCUCACCCCAGCACAGAGUCCCUUGCCCUAGGGGUAGAGUGUGGAAAAUCCUUGCAGUCCCACCCCGAGUGCUCUGGAGAGGGAUGCCCACACCUCUUCCCUAAAACCAAGGGGGAGAGUCCUUUUCUAAUCCCCACUUCCUGUGGGGAAGAGACAUACACACCCCAGGCAAGUCUUGUCCUUGGGAUGAUAGCUCUGUGGGCACCUGUCUCAGACGCUGUAGCAAGACGGACUCCAGACUUUCUUACCGAGAAAGAUAAUAAACCAAUAUCCACUUUUCUGGGAGAAGCUGCCCUGCAGAUAUCUCCCCCGCCCCACAGACUCCCUCUUCUUACAUGGGCCGUGCCCCCUCCAGCUCCUCCUAGCCCUUCCACAGUAUAGCUGCACCCCCUACCCCCCUGGAGACCCCUUUGUGCUGUUCCCCCCCCAUUCCUUCACUCCGUUGAGGGAGUUGCUCAAGCAGACGCGCCCAACGGGGGAGACAAUCCCGCACUGCCCCUCCACGGACUUGCUGGGAAACGAAACUUCCGGCCACUUGCUGGAAUGGGACAGUUUGCCUUCUUUAUAUGCGUGUGUGAUGAGGGGAAGGUUGGAAUCCCUGUUGGAAAAACUGGCUAGUGGUGGUGAGGAGACCCCAACCCAUCCUAAGAUGAGUGAGGAGGCGGCGGGGUGUGUGUGAGCAAACCAUACGUUGGCGAUUGAGACUGAACUCAGGGUCAACUAAGCCACCUUCUGAGGAGGAAUCGUGGGUCCCCCCACUGCCGGUUGGAUCCCACCUUUUUAACAAAGCAACCUGGAGGAAUACCGGACCAAGAUCUGAAGGGGGCAAUUGGGGAGAAAACAACCCCUAACAGAGAUAACAAAGAAACCCAACUUUGGUGUGGGUGGGGGAGGGAAGCGAACCGCACAGGAUCCUGGAAGGAGAAAAUAGUGAGGAGCGAGGCUGGGUCUGUGGGGCCCACUCCCCACGACGUGUUGUCUGUCUUUUUUUAAUUUUUGUUUCAUUCUUUUUUCUUUUUUUUUGGAGAAAUUUCUAUAGAAGCCAAAAACUGGAGACUUUAGUGGCAACCCCAAAAGACAAAUAAACAUGAAAAUACUUGAUUCUUUUAUGCGAGUG